AGAUGGCGGUCAGCAGGGAAGGGUUGAGAUCUUGGUGCGUCCAAGAACUCUCGAAAAUAACAGACUGCCCAGAGGAUAUAGUCGACUAUGUCUUCAAAAUACAAAACGUUGAAGAAGUAGAGGAGUACUUUCGAGACUUUUUUGGCGAAAGUGUUGAAAAUUAUUGUGAUUUUAUUGAGAAUCUUUUGACCGGGUUGAAGACCACGAGCAACGACCAAGAGGAAGGAAAAUGGAUACGUAAAGAGAAGGAGCCGGAGUUUCUUUCCAAGAAGCAAAACCGUAAGUCCGAUAAGAAGAAAACGAUUGAAAAAGAGGAGAAGAAAAAGCCUGCGAAGUUCGUUCCACUUUACAGUAAAGAAGGUGAAGCAAGAACAUCGGUUCGUCUGCCUGGUAGGCACCCAUGUGAAUGUCUAGCUCAAAAACACUCACUCAUAAACAACUGUACGAGCUGUGGAAGAAUAGUUUGUGAACAGGAGGGCGAAGGGCCGUGUUAUUUCUGUGGUUCUCUUGUCUGUACGAAGGCUCAGAAAGAGAUUUUAGCGAGGGAUUCGAAGAAAAGCGCCAAGCUGUUGAAACAGCUGAUGCAGCAGGAUUUUUCUGACGACGUGAAAAAGCUGCAAAAAGKGAAAAAUAUGAGUGCUCAAGAAUUAGAAGGGUAUCAAAGAGCUGUAGAGCACAAGAAUAAACUGUUAGAGUUCGAUAAAACUAGCGCGCGACGUACUCACGUUAUAGACGAUGAGGCUGACUACUUCUCCACAAAUUCAAAGUGGUUAUCUACUGAAGAAAGAACGAAGCUGGAGAAGAAGGAGGAAGAGCUUAGAGAGAAGCGCCAUGGAUCACGAAGAAACAUGAAGGUGACUCUAGACUUUGCAGGACGCAAAGUUGUAGAAGAUGAUAACAGUCGUGAAUAUGAGAUUGAUUCAGAAUUACCAGUAUUUGGGUACCAUUCUAAGGAGAUAGCUGAGAAAUCUCUGGUGGAUAAAAACUCUUAUCCUGACUUAAAGCUGCAGUUUAAGCCCUCAAAGAUCCAAAAAAGUAAUUCAAGUACUCAGGAACCUGUUAACAGUGGCCAUAAAGGCCUGCGUAUUCAAGAUAAGGGCUUACAGGAGAUGAGAGACCCUGGAAUGUGCUUGAGUAUGCACCAACCAUGGGCAUCACUCCUAGUUGCUGGCAUAAAGAAGGUUGAAGGACGCUCUUGGUACACAUCACACCGGGGAAGGCUUUGGAUAGCAGCUACAGUCAAGAAGCCAACAGAACAAGAAAUAGAUGUUCUAGAAAAUAUGUACAAAGAAAUGUACCCUAAUGAAGUCUUGAAAUUCCCCAGGGAGUACCCCACAGGGUGUUUGCUUGGUUGCGUUGAUGUGGUUGAGUGUUGGAGUCAUGAGGAGUACAAGGAAAACUGCCAGGAUGAGACUGAAUCAGAGUCACCUUAUGUCUUCAUCUGCGAAAACCCCAAGCAGUUGCUAUUGAAGGUGCCAGUGAAAGGACAGCACAAAAUAUGGAAAUUAGAUACCCAAACCCAUAAAGAGGURAAACUGGCACAAAAAAAUUAGAAUAAAGUCAUACAUUUAAAUUCUGGA